AUGUUGGAAGAGCCCGCAUCCGACCCUUCAACGCCUGUAGAACAUAAGGCCAUUUCCGUCCCACCUCCACCACCACCGAACUGCGAUCCCACAAAAAUGAUAAUUUCUGAUCGAAGUUUUGUCGACAGUAAAUGUAAUGAUUUCUCUGCUGGUAAAGUUACCGGUGUGGAUAUCAGUUGUGGCGUUGUGCCCAUACAUGUGGAUGAUGUUGUCGCCUACGAGUACAUUGAUAACUGCCGGCGCUGGCGGUGGGGGUUGGCAACGGUUGUUGCUCUCCCUGCACCAUGGGUUGUGCAACUACUGCUAUGGCGCAGCGACGGAGAGUUACUAUUGCCAUCAUCAAGGUAUUGUAACGGUCAACACAGCAGUCAUGCACACAAUUUGGCAAGUGAUUAUACGGCAGAUGUUGGGAUUAAGAGUUGUCAUUUGCCGGACUCAAUUUCCAAACAUCGGAGGCAGUUACUGAUGCACCAACUCGAGCGGCUGAAGGAGGAGCGUGAUUACGUGCAAGAGGCAAUGGAUGGGUUGGUUAGACGUCUUGCUGUCCAUCGUUUAACUUACAGAACCCAACGUCAGAGAGUGCAGGACGCAGCGACGGCAGCGGAGCAUUUGUUAGCUGAGGCCCAAGCGCGGGUGAAAUCCAUUAACCAGCGGGACUGGCGGGAGAUUCGUUGCUAUCGUAACCCACCAGCGAUUGUGCGACUCGUGGUGGAAGCCGUUUUCGCGGUGUUGGGUGAACACGACUGCGGGAAGUGGCGAUGGUCCCGAUUGCAAAAGGCGAUGCGCAGAAGUAGCUUCCUCCAUGCUGUGGAGCGAUUCAAGCCUUGCCAUUUGAGCGAGUCCGCGAAGCAACACAUACGCAAGAAGUUCAUGGAAGAUUCCCGCUUCACAUACGAGGCUGCGGUGAAGGGAAGCCAAGCAUUGGGUUAUCUUGAGCAAUGGGUUGUCGUACAAGUGGAAAGCGCGGCUGCGAAGGAGGGCCUCGCCGCAUAUGAUGAAGCCCACGGUAAAGAGCGUGGUGCUAUAGUCAUGUUGGAGGGGGAGGUGAACGCGCUGCGGGAUAAACUGGACCAGUACAUGAAAGAGGAAGAAAAUAUUCAAACAGCCCUCCACAGGGUAACAGGAGAGUUUCCGAACAACUUCAGCGAAGUUGGUGACGGUGACGACACCACCAGUUCUGCUGUCGACGCGGGCUUUGGUGUUACUGAUGGCUGGGAUGGGUGUGGGUGUGGGUGUGGCGAUGUGAACGGUGGGAGUGCGUUAAACUGUGACGACUGCAGCGGAUGUUUUAUCAACUGUGACAAUGUGAGGGUAAUGGAAGGAACUCCCCGUGACGUUGUCUCCGCAUCCGUUGCCAUUGAUAUCUGCAAAGGUCACAUUGUCAACAACAUCAACUCAGCCUUACGUGAAGAUGCCGGUUGCGUUCAGGAGGCCGGUGCAGUAUGGACAGGUACUGAAGAGCUAUUGCUCGUCUUGCGAACCACUAUUCUUUGCAACUUCAAUCGAGCAGAGCAGACUAUAAUUCACCUUACGCACGAGCAAAUGAGCGCACUUGGAGAGGCGCUGCGUCGGCGUGGUCAUAGCCUGAUAAAUAAUUCCUGGGAGGUUGACCGGCGGGCCGGGGAAAUGGAGAGGGAUCUGCAAGAUGCGCUGGAGGAACUCCGUGGACAUCAUGGUCGGACAUUACACGACCUUCGGCAACUAGAAAUUGAGAAUUAUGAACUCACAAGGAAGCUUGAGCGGCGUGAGCAGGAGUUGGAUAAACUCAACCGGGCAAUACAAGAUGGCAUUGGUUUGUUCUGUACUCCACGCGGAUCACAACUUGGCUCGACACGCGGGACCCCUCGGAGUUAUGAAAUGGAUGGCAGGAUGAGUACCACUGGGAAUGGAUCAAACGUUUCCAAUCGUUCACGUCGAUGGAACUCGUCAACUCACUUUUUGUCCACUGCUGUCAGCUGCGCUGACGAGUCGCAGAGUAACCGGUUGAGCCCGGUGGAUCAACGGGACGCCUCGAAAGCAACGGCUUCGACGACAUCAUCACGCCCGCUUCCCACCGCCGCCUACGUGCAGUUGUUGGAGGAUGAUUUGCGGUUCGUGCAGGAGGAGCUGCAGCGCAGUAAAGAUGAACUCAACAAUUUCCGUAAGAUGGUGACACCUGGUUAUUAUACUUCCACCGCGUUAUGGUUAGACCGAGAGAGUGUGAUGGAGGUUCAGGCAAAGAAGAUUGCAGCACUUGUGGAAGCACUCGCGCACAGUGAUGAGGGGCGACGGCAUGUUGAGGAACGCAUGAUGACUGAGCACCGCCAACUGAUGGCUCGCAUGGAGGCGUUGCAGCGGGAUAUGGAGCAACAGAGAGGAGCCGGUAAAAACUCUCUUCCCAUUCCCCAAAAUGUGUGA